AGUAACACCGCUCUCCUGAAUUAACCAGCGCAGCAUAUAAAGAUGGGUGUCUUUCGUUGGGGUAUAUGUUCUGCUGGGAAAAUCUCUCAAGAUUUCUGCUAUGCCGUCCACAAUCUCGAAAACCACAGAAUCCAGGCAAUCGCAGCCAGGUCUCGGGAGGAUGCCCAGAAUUUAGGAAGCAAAGUAGGAGCUGAAACGAUAUACGAAGGUUACGCACCGCUUGCUAAUGACCCAAAUGUUGAUAUUGUGUACAUUGGGUCCAUUAACACUGCACACUUUCCCUUAUGCAAGCUGUUCUUGGAAGCAAAGAAACAUGUCCUGUGUGAAAAGCCCCUUGGAGUGAAUGCCAAAGAAGUAGGCCAAAUGAUAGAUCUUGCAAAGAAGAGCGGCGUGUUUUUCAUGGAGGCAAUAUGGAGUCGAUUCUUCCCAGCCUAUGAAAAGAUCAGGUCCCUCGUAUCCAGUGGGGAGCUCGGAGAGGUCAAAUGCAUCACAGGGGAUUUCUGCAUAGCUGCUAGCCAUGUAGAAAGAUUGAUGAAUAAAAGUUUAGCUGGUGGGGCCUUAAUUGAUAUUGGGAUCUACUUGGUCCAGUUGGUUACCAUGGUAUUUGGUCCUGACCCUAUCCUAGUCCAAGGAGUUGGAGGUCUCACAGAGACUGGUGUUGACGAGACUUGCAGCAUCACGUUACAGUAUCCAGGAAACAAGGUUGCAAGCUUGUUGACCUCGCUCACUAUUCAUGGCAACAACGAGGCAUCGAUCAUUGGCACUAAAGGGAGGAUAAACCUACGAGACACCUUCCACGCUCCCUCAGUCAUUGAGUUGGUACGAGGCUACCCGGCUCCUGGGCUACUCGAGAGAGAAGUAAUUGAAUUCCCUGUACCUACCACUAGUCACCCCACUAAUUUUAUCAACUCGGGUGGACUUGGAUACCAAGCUGAGGCCAUCAGAAUAGCUGUCGAGGAGGGAAAGACGGAGCAUCCCCUAGUGAGUUGGUCAGAGAGUUUAGCCAUCCACAGGAUCAUGGACAAAUUGAGGCACGAUGUGGGCUACUUCCAUCAAGAUGAGGAAACAGAUAAGGAAACUUCUUGACUCAAGGAUGUUUAGAGAUGGUGCGGGUUCUGCCCUAUAAAGAGUCAUGAUUGAUCAAAUCAAUACGGAAAGACAGCAAUGUUAACAUCUAACAUGCAUGUCUCUUUCAAAUAUUUUCUUGAAUUGCUGUAUUUUCAUUCGUUCAUUGUUUUCUUAAAAA